AUGUGGAACGACGAAGACAAUAAUCCGUAUGGCGCAUUUGACCGCCCUGAUGGCCACCUUUCUGAUUCCUUGCACUCCGGCGCUGUAUCACCCCCUCCAUACGACCGCGAUAUCUCGUCGCCUUCAUCGCCAGUCUCUACGCUACCAGACUACGUAUCACGCAUAACCGACACCGACGAUGAGGGCGAUGAUGACUACGGGGCUCAGCCAGCCAAGACGUCGGGUCGCAGAAAGAGCGUUUAUGACAGUCGUAUUGAACAGAUUCUCUAUGAAAACCCUGAAAUGCCCAUAUUAAUUACCGAUGCUGGAAAGAAUCAUGAAGGGGGCGGCGGAUACAUUGUAUACACCAUCCGCACCGGGGACUUGGAGGUACGCCGUCGUUACUCAGAGUUCGCUUCUCUUCGACAGACGCUUGUCAAUCUUCACCCAACGCUUGUGGUCCCUCCGAUACCUGAGAAACAUACAAUGGCCGAUUAUGCGGCGAAACCAACCAAGGCCAAAGAAGAUACUGCGAUUAUCGAACUCCGAAGACGCAUGCUCGGUGUGUUCUUGAAUCGUUGUCGAAGGAUGAAGGAAGUUCGUGAAGACGGUGUCUGGUGGCGUUUCCUGGAUCCUAAUGUCAGCUGGAGCGAGGUCUUGCAUUCACAUCCAGCGUCCUCGGUCCCGAAGAACAACCUCAAGGCUCCUCCGCUUGAUCCAGCGAAUCCCACGCCGGCCCACGCCUGGCUCCCUGUCCCUUCGACAUCAGCGAAGUUGAGAUCGUCGACGGGAACAACAGCCACUGGCAUACCAACUUCACCCUCAGAUCCCCCCAAAGCACCCCCUUCUGUCGCACAACCGACGCCGGGACUGCAAAUCCUAGGACGUUUCCCUCCUACAUCUCGGACACUCAGUGAGCAGGAACUGGACCCCUAUUUCAUCAACUUCGAAGCGUCAACACGGGAGCUUGAGUUGCUGCUCCAAGGAAACAUCGAGAAGGUCAAUCGUCGCACUUUAUCCCAUUUGUCAUCGCUCUCCGCAGAUCUCAUGGAGCUUGGGGCUCGCUAUAAUGGGUUCUCGCUAUCAGAACAGUCUCCCACUGUGGCAGCGGCAAUUGAGCGCAUUGGCCAAGCUGCCGAUACAUCGUAUAUUGAGACGGAAGAGCUCUCGGCGGCUCUAGGCGCGAAUUUUGCCGAGCCCAUGAGGGAAAGCGCGCAGUUCGCCAGCGUCGUUCGUAGCGUGUUAAGAUACCGCGUGCUCAAGCGAGUGCAGCAGGAGAUGACACGGGAUGAAUUGGCAAAGAAGAAAACCCUCCUAGAGUCCCUGGAACGGAGCGAGCAGGAAGCGAAGCGUAUUGAUCAAUAUCUGAAUCAAGCGGGCUCCGGUGCGGCCGCGACCAGGUCUUCUAGAUCGGCUUCCGCUUCUUCAGCGGCGAGCAGUGGGCAAAGUGAGCAUGAUACACCUCACGGCUCGGAAGAUGCUGCCUCGGUUGACUCUGAUUUCCCACCGACACAUGGCGAGAUCACUCCGCAUACAUCUCCCAGCGCAGGAAACCCGUACCGGGACGUUCCCCCUGUUCAUCGUAAAAGCCCCAGCGGCAAUUUCGUGACGAACAAGAUCUUUGGCCGCAUCAGCCAUGCUGUCCAUGGAUUUGUUGAUGUUGAUCCUGAGAGGACUCGGAGGGACCAGAUGGGCAAGACGAAAGAAAGCUUAGUGCAGCUGGAACAGGCGCUUCAAGUAUCCGAGAAGGACGUCAGAGAUGCCAGCGCCGGGGUACUGCAAGAUCUCAAGAGAUUCCAGAAGGAUAAGGAGGAGGACCUCCGCCGCUACAUGGUCGCCUACGCUCGAUGCCAUUUGGACUGGGCACGGAAGAAUCUCGAGACAUGGACUGAGGCUAGAGACGAGGUUGACAAGAUCGUUGUGCGUUGA